AUGCCUUUCAGAACCUCCAUGUCCUCCAAGUCCUCCAGCGACGCCGCCUCUACACGCUCCGUCUCCUCCAAAGCAUCAACCCUAAAGGGCGUCCAGAACAUGCACAAGAAGUGGCUCGCGCCGAAGCACAAGGACUACACCAACGCCAGCCCUUCCCCAUGCUCCGCUACUGCUGAGCACAACGCCGCCGUCGCCAGCUAUCUAGCUCUGCGGUGA